GCAGCCAUAUAAAUCCCAACAGCUGAUCAACAGACUUCAGAAAGCCCGACGCCUUCAGACGGAACAGCUGGGAGAUAAAGCAGGAGAGAGGAGAGCGAACAGGCUGACGCAGACUCAGCUGCUUCACUGUCCUUUCUGUGCCUUUAGGGGAAGAAAAGCAUCUCGGAAACUAGAGGACUAGUUAGUUUAAACUUAAAGCCCUAACCUGGCAGAUACGAUCGUCGUGAAGGAUCCCAGUGGAACUAAAGAGAGCGGAAAGCGAAAGAGAGAGAGCGCGCGCAGCGGAGCGGAGCUGUCCAGUGCUGAACGCGCGCCGCCGAACGGGAGCUGUCCAGUGCUGAAGUUGCAUUUCUGCUGAGAGCAUCGCGCUGCAUCAACACAAGCGCAUCCUGGGGUUCGAGGGUUCUGCCGUAACCCUUCGCUGACAUCCGAAUCUCGGCAUUACCGAAGAGGAACGGUACUAAACGCGUUUUGCCCCAGCGUUGCAUGAGGAAAGCGAGCGAUUCGACCGGCGGACAAGUAUUCUUUCCCCUUCAACGUAAAACAUGCCAAGGUCUUUCCUGGUCAAAAAGGUUAAGCUUGAUGAUUUCUCAUCCGCUGAUCUGGAGAGCUCCUAUGGCAGAUCCAGGGCAGACCUCAGCCUGCGCUUUCACGAGAAAGGCUACAUCAGCGACUACAUGACCCCGGCACCGUACGAUGGCGCGAGCGACAACGGCAUCAAAGUGCCCUCGCCCGGACCCAUCUACAGCGAUUAUGGAGCGCCGGAUUCGGACCAGCCUGACAGCCCACAGUCGGAGAUCUCCUCGGGCUAUAUCAACGGAGACAACGCGGUCAGUGAGGGCUACACAGUGGAUGCCUUCUUCAUCACAGAUGGGAGGUCGAGGAGAAAAGUCAUCAGCAGCCCCAAAAGCCUUCAGCGGCACACGUGCAACGAGUGCGGAAAAACAUACGCCACGUCUUCCAACUUGAGCAGACACAAGCAGACACACCGCAGCAUGGACAGCAAAAUGGCCAAGAAGUGUCCCACCUGCGAUAAGGUUUACGUCUCCAUGCCAGCCAUGGCCAUGCACUUGUUGACCCACGACCUCAAGCACAAGUGUGACAUAUGUGAGAAGGCCUUCAGCAGGCCUUGGCUUUUACAGGGACACAUGCGCUCGCACACAGGCGAGAAGCCCUUUGGAUGCGCGCACUGCGGGAAGGCAUUUGCCGACCGCUCAAACCUGCGUGCCCAUAUGCAGACACACUCGGCCUUUAAGCACUACAAGUGCAAGAGAUGCAACAAGACCUUUGCUCUCAAGUCCUACCUGAACAAGCACUACGAGUCGGCCUGCUUCAAGGGAGCGUUUGCUCCUUUGAGCCCAAUGGAAGUGUGAAAGUUUGACAGCACAACAACAACGUCUCGGAGGAUUAAUCGCAUGUACCUUAACUUUUCUU